AUAGCAAAAAUUACAAAGCAAAAAAGAAAAUAUGCAUAUUCAUACAUUUAUAAUAUUUUUUUGUAUAUAAUAAAAUUUUAUUUGCAUAUAUUUUAACAGUUUUAUUAACCGUUCACAUUUACAAUACAUCCAACAAAUAUGCAACUAUGUGCCAUAGCAAUCACUGAACACACCACAUAACAGAACAGCUGUUCGCAAUCUUCUACCUUGAAUAUUUGCAAAUAUAUUCUAACCUAAUAGACGUAAAAAGUUUAUUAAGUAGCUCAGUGGGUAUUUAUAAAUGGAAACAAAUCACCGAUAAACAUUAUAUAUAUUAUACGUAAAAGAUAUUAAUAAAUUUAGUAAGCGAAACGUUACGGGAAUUGUGAUGCAAGGAGUAGGCACAGCGACGACGGAUUUUCAAAAGCCGCAACCACAUCAUCUGCAGCAGCAACAGCAACAAACACAAACACGACGGAAGCAGCAAGUGCCCAUGAAUAAUGUAAAUGAUUGGAGGCCAUUCGUUUACGGUGGACUAGCGUCAAUAACAGCGGAAUUUGGUACUUUUCCGAUUGACACCACGAAAACGCGCCUCCAAAUUCAAGGUCAAAAAAUUGAUCAAACAUUCUCGCAGCUUAGAUAUCGUGGCAUGACCGAUGCCUUCAUAAAAAUAUCACAAGAGGAGGGCCUACGUGCUCUCUACUCGGGCAUCUGGCCAGCCGUGCUGCGUCAAGCUACCUAUGGCACUAUCAAAUUUGGCACCUAUUACACGCUCAAAAAAUACGCGCACAAUUACGGUUUACUUGUGGAUCAUGAAACCGGCGCUGAACGUGUCUGGGCGAAUAUUUUGUGUGCUGCCACGGCAGGUGCCGUCUCCUCGGCCAUAGCCAAUCCAACGGAUGUGUUGAAAGUGCGCAUGCAAGUGCAUGGCAAAGCGGCGCAUCAACAUGGUUUAUUCGGUUCAUUCCUGGAAAUCUAUCGCUAUGAAGGUGUACGCGGGCUGUGGCGUGGCGUUGGACCAACAGCGCAGCGUGCCGUCGUUAUUGCCUCGGUGGAGUUGCCUGUAUAUGAUUUUUGUAAAAUGCAAUUGAUGACUGCAUUUGGCGAUCAUGUUGCGAAUCAUUUUAUCUCCAGCUUUAUAGCCAGUUUGGGUAGCGCAAUCGCCUCCACGCCAAUCGAUGUGAUACGGACGCGUCUCAUGAAUCAGAAGCAUUUAACGGUUGUUAAUGGCGUGGCGGUGGCGAAUACGCAAAAGCUUUACAAAGGCAGUUUCGACUGCGCGGUGCAGACUGUCCGCAACGAAGGCAUAUUAGCGCUCUACAAAGGCUUUAUACCCACCUGGGUGCGCAUGGGCCCUUGGAAUAUCAUAUUUUUCAUAACCUACGAACAAUUAAAGAAACUCUAAAAACAUUUCAUCAACAUCUUUGUACAGUACAAGCCGCAUUUACAAGGACUUUUCAAAAUAAAAUAUUUUAUUAUGCAUAAGUAGUGUAACGCCUUUCAAGCCAAAAAGUAAAUGGUAGCCUGUAAGCUUAUAGUAUAUGAUAUAUAUAAUAUAUUUAUAACGAAGUGUAAAUUUAGAAAUAUUAGCGAAAUGUUAAUGCAGUUCUUUAGUAAUAACAAAGUAACCUUUUUAAGCGUAAAACAACAACAACACAUAAUCGUAAUUUGUACAUUGUUAUAGCCACUGCUAUAAUAUCUACUAACCAGCGCUUGCUAACAUCAUGUUAGCAUGCUGAAUUUAUUGCUGUGCAAGAAGUUGGUAAAUUUGAUUAAAAAACACUUGCAAAAUUGCGCAAAAUAUUGUUAACUACAAGUAUUUGUUAAACUAGUAAUAAGUUAUUGGUUAUAUUAAACUGUUUACUUUUUAGCGUAUUGUAGUAGCAUUGUUUCUUUUAAUUACAAAUAAGUAGCACAAAUGUAUUACGAAAAGUCGUACCACUAAUAUUUUGCAUAAAUAUACACAUACAGACAUAUGUCGGGACAUAUGUAGAUGUGUGUGUGUGUUAAGUUAAAAUAUAUGUACUAAAUAUUUUUUACGAAAAUCGAUUAUUUAUAUUCAAAAUGUAUUAAUUCAUUGCUUGCAUUUUACUGCUACUACUACAAAAACAACCAUAUAUGCUCUAUCUCUGUAUUUUCUAAUUCUAAUUAUAAAUUAUGAAAAAAAUAUUUUAUUUUCAUAUUUUAUAUUUCUGCAUUUUUUUAUAUUAAUACUACAGCGCGACUAUAUAUUGAUAAAGUACGCUUUUAUUAGCAUUUCACAUUUAUUUUAAAGCUUUAUAUACAUACAGAUAUCAAAAAUGUUUACGCCUAUAUUUUUACAUAAAUAUAUUAACUAUUUUUGUUAGCAAAAAUCGAUGUUUGUUAUAUAUACUCAUUGUAGCCACAAGCUAUUUGAAUAUAUCUUUAAUUUUAUUGUUACUUUUUAAGCACUCAAAAAUGUUGUUACGUGAUUUUACUAUUGUGAAAUAGCUAAAAAAUAAACGAGUAGUUGUUUAAAAAGCAACAGCGAAACUAGGAAAUUGUUAAACCAA